AUGUCAAUUAUUUUCGUUUGUGCAUCAAGCUUAGAAAACGUAGAAUAUGACAUCGUUCCUGAAGGUAUUAUCGUUGCUAAUAUUAAGAAAAGAGAUACAAUACCGCUGCAAUCCGGAAAUAGAAGAUUGCUAGACAAUAAGAAUUUAAAUUACCGAAGAACAAAAGACAUUAGGGAAUCAUCUGUAGACCGCCGUUUUGAGAUAACGGAGGCACUGUUAAGAGAAGCUCAAAGAGAAGAACAGCUAAGUAGUGGUCAAGGUGAUGAUAGAAGAGAAGAAGAAAUAAAAACUGCUCAACGACAAGAUGAUGAAAUAAGAACUGAGAUACAAGAUGUAGUAAGAGAUGAAGUAAGGGAUGAUGUAAAAGAUAAUAUAAGAGAUGGUAUAAGAGAUGAGGUAAGGAACGAUGUGAAAGAUGAAAUAAAAGAGACGGAAACGGAACCAAUAGAUAAAAUAGAGCCAGAUCUCUUUAAAAAUGACGACGCGGUGGGUAGUGAGUUUCUAAGAAAUGAUAAUAAGAAAACCCAGAGAAAUGAGGAUGAUAAAGAUCGCCGAGAUAAAGUACUACGACAAUUUUCUUGGCUCACAAUAGAGAAUGACGAUGGUGUUGCAGUUGACAUUUAAAAGCGCUUUUAAUUCAUCUGAUUUUAUGUAAUUUUAAUAUCCAUAUUUGUACAAAUUAAUUAACACAUUUAUGUGACAUAAAAUCCUCAAACAGAAUGUGUCUCUUUGUAAAGAUAAGAAAACUCGUCGCCGCAAUCCCACUGAUUCCUUUUGAUUCCAUAGUCCUAUAAACAAUUUUUGGGAAAGAUUAGAAUAUUUUUUUCAAGACAUU